UAGAAGGAACAAUAAGUAACUGUGGUAUGGGCCAUUGGCCACAAGUUGUAGUCCCACACAAUCAUCUCUUGCUCUGGAUGUAAUGCUACAAUUGAUGAGGAAGUAUUAAAGGCAGGACUCGUUCUAACCAGGUUAGCAUCUUGCACUCCCAUCAUGGAACCUGCUAUCCGUUUUACAAUUAGCGACCUUCCCAUUGAGAUUGCCCUCAUCGUCUUGACAUAUGCGGCCAAGCCGACAUUUUCCCAAGAAGAGAAAUAUGAUGAUAAAAAUCCCUAUUCCACUGCCGUCUCCCUAUGUCUCGUCUCUCGACUGGUGAGACGCACCAUCCUCCCCGAAUUCCUGCACACGAUCUUGCUUCGCCGACCCAACAGCUUGAACAUGUUUGCAAAUGCUCUGCGCAUGCAGAAAGCGUACGCUGAGAAAGAAAGCGAUCUCGUCUUUGACUAUAUCUCCGCUAUAAAGAGGAUGUGGAUCGAUGACUCGUCAUGUCGCCCAUCAGAUUCUCAGUUCGAUCCGGACAUGAACGUGCUAGUUCCGGUGUUACUUGCUACGCCAGCACUUGCGAUUGACUCCCACCUAUUAUUGUUUGUCAUGGAGAGCGUGCAAAAUGCAUAUACAGAUCGCAAUGUCAGCGGACACUCCCCCUUUCCUGGGAAACCCAAAAGUCUGACGUUAACGGGUCUCAAUGUCGACUGCAAGAUCUUCCACGACAUUUGGACAGGAUUUAUUUUCCUUACAUGCAUCACCCGUAUCGCUUGCCUCACCGAUUUGGAGGCGGAUUCAAGCAGUUUUUACGACAGGUCCAGCAGGGGCUUACAAUCUCCAGCACACCCGCUACGUAAUUGGAUAUGCGUCACUCCGUGGGAUUGCAUGAAGGACCUUGAAGCCUUUUCAAUAGUUUACCCGCAUCUGACGGCACCCUGCGAUAACGAUUCAUGUAUUGAUCGCACAAAGAGAGCAGAUGUGCAUGUGGAGCGACUUACAGUGUCUACUUCCCUGUACAGGCAGGACCCCUUCUCGUGGCAGACAGCGCUGCUUUCUGUGAUGGAUCCUAGUAGAAAGAAGAAGAGAAUAUUGGAUGGUCUUUCCUUCAAGGUUACGCGUGAUCAGAUGCACUUGACACAGGUUUUGUGCUCGUGGCAUAAAGCUUGGGCCUCCGGGUUAAUCGACGGAUGAGGGGUUUCCGUCUUGCUGUACUCUUACUAUAGAUUUCUCAUACUAAAUGCACAGGAUGCAGACUGUAUGAUCCAUGAUGCAUGAGACAUCAGCCGCAGCA